AUGGAGGGAAUUGGGGCGCUGCCGCUGCUUCUGCUGCUCUCUGCACUACACUCUGUCACAGGGUUGGAGAGCAACAACUGCGAGUCGAACCCAGAGCUGCAAUGCAACUUCAUUUGCGACUGUUCAAACUGUACCGAUGAGCAAAUGUGUGGCUAUGAUGGACACACCUUUAUCUGCGACUUCGAGGACCUGGCGACCUGUGGCUGGAAGUCAUCGAACGCCUCCAUGUACAGGUGGGAGAGGCGCCAGCGGGGGCGCUCACUGCCAGACAGCGGGCCCUCGUCCGAUUUCACCACAGGCACCUCCACAGGAUGGUUCGUGGCCGUGACGUCUGUGGACUCGCAAACCUCCAGUAGGGCUCUGCUCGAGUCCCCCACCAUGAGGCAGUCGGCCCCCACCUGCCGCAUCCUGCUUCGAUAUUUCAUCUGGGAUGCUGGUUAUAAGGGGCUCGAUGACAUGGUGCUGUGGCUCUCGGUGGAGGAAGACGGGGGCCUGCCAGCUGUAGCGUGGCGCCCCGAGGGAGGCAGCGUGCGCGGUUGGAGGGAAGCCACCGUGUUCUUGGGCCGCGUCUCCGGGCCUUUCCGCCUCCAGCUGCACUCACAACGGAGCCAAGGCCUCCCAGGAGAUGUGGCCAUUGAUCAGCUGGAGUUCCUAGACUGCGCCCUGCCUGUGCCGGAGAACACCUGCGGGGAGGGUUCGUUGAAGUGUGGUCGCCAGGGGUGUGUGGAGGCGAGACAGAUCUGCGACGGCACCGAUGACUGCGGAGAUGGAACCGAUGAGGCUAAGUGUGAACAGUACUGGGCCUGUGACUUUGAGAACGACCUCUGUGGGUGGGACCUCCGAACGAUAUCGCAGCUCAAAUUUCAACGAUCCAGUCAGCAGAACAUCUCUGUUAGCGGCAAUCCUAUGGAUGGACCAGGCCGAGACCACACCGCAAACAAGGCAUCAGGUCACUUUCUGUAUCUCACCAAACCAUCCAACGGCGAGUUGAAGAAUGAUUGGUCAUCUUUUCAAAGCCCUGUCCUGGAACCAACCAACAGCACUCAUCCUUGUCGGAUGACAAUGUACACGCAUCAGUUUGGCCCCAGGUCGGGGGGCCUCUCCGUGCUGAUGGUGUAUGCUGGAGGCAUGCCUGCCGUAUGGGAACGCGGCGGCGAGCUUGGUGACCUGUGGGUGAAGGCAGAAGUGGAGUUUGUUGUGCACAGCACCUUUCAGAUCCUGUUCGUGGGAGCAAUCAGAGAUAGGGAAUUUGGUGGAAUUGCUAUUGAUGACAUCGUAAUGUCCCCAGGCUGCCGAAAAUCCAAUGAGUCCUCCCCAUCAGUUGAUUUCCCCAAUCCUCCCAAACACCCCUGUACAGAGAGCAGCAAGUUGUGUGAUUUCCAGGUUGAUUGUGACAGUGGUGAAGAUGAAAACCAAUGUGGCGACUUCUCCUUUCAGAAUGGAAACAAAGGCUGGACAGAUAGCAGCUUAGGGACACAGGGCUGGGCGCUGUACCGGCAAAAUGAUACCUCGAUAGAGUACCUGUAUGUGACAGAGGCUCCAGGGCAGCAGCUGACAGAGGCAAGGACAAGGUCACCUCUUCUGGGUCCAUCCGGUCCCGCUUGUACCCUGCGCUUCACCUACAGCCUGACUGGGAGCACCCCUGACAUCGGCGAGGUGUCUGUCAGCUUAAUUGACAAGGUGCUGCACACUCAGAGUCGACUGUGGGAGUUUACAGAAAAGACUGAGGGGACACCAAGCGAGUGGGUGAAAGAGGUUUACAUAGGUGCCCGGGACCAUCGCUUUCAGCUGGAAUUUGGAGGUUUCAUUCGACAGCUCUCCAGUGACUCUAAAAUAAGAGUGAAGAAUGUCCGCUAUUUGGGGUGUCACCCAAAGUAUAUUCCGGCCAUCAUUAGUGGCUUGUCUUGUAAUUUCGAAGACGGCCUUUGCGGUUGGUACCAGGACCAGGUGGACAAUUUUGACUGGCUCUAUCUCUUAGGAAUGGACCACACCAUUGGAACUGGAAAUUGCCUGACGGUAGACAUGUGGAUUCACUCUUUACGUGGGCUAUCUGGCCGUCUGCUCUCGCUCCCUCAGCUUCCAACAGCCAAGGAAUUCUGCAUGUCCUUCUAUUACAAGCUAUAUGGCCCACAAACAGGUGCCCUCAGCGUGAAAGUGCUCCACAGUGAUGGCUCCGAGAGCCUCCUCUGGACAGCCAGCGGUGCCCACAGUAACAACUGGCAUCGUGGCCUAUGCUCAGUCCCCCAGCAGCUCAUCAGCUUCCAGCUCAUAUUUGAGGCACUGCGCACUGGGUUCGAUGGGCGGGUGGCAAUUGAUGAUGUGAUGAUUCUAGACCACCCUUGCACCGCCCCAGACAUCUGCUCCUUUGAGGGCACACACUGUGGCUACACUUCCUCUGGUCCGGCCCGUUGGGUACAUCAGAACUCAGCCUAUGGUGGGGUGCAGCCUGGACCUCAAUUCGACCACACCUUGGAAACCAAUAAGGGCUACUACAUGAUCACAGACUCCGGUGUCCAUGUCCUUCCCUCGGGUCACAUGACAUCUCUGACAUCCUCCUUCCGAAACGCAGCCCCCUUCGGCGAAUGUGUUCAGUUUUGGUAUCACAUGAGAGGAGACAGCCCGGGCACUCUGAAUGUGUACAUGAAGCCCCGGCAGGGGGAGCGGGUACGGGUGUUUUCCCAGAGUCAAAGACAGGGAGGUGCCUGGCGUUAUGGCUACGGCACCAUCAACAGCACGGGAGACUGGCAGCUGGAGAUCGAGGUGGAGGGAGCAGGAGGGGAGGAGGCCCAUGUUGCUAUUGACGACAUCACGUUUACGCCACACAGUUGUCCCCGACAAGAUGCAGAGUGCAAUCUGGAGGAAGAUCUGUGUAGCUGGUUUAACACUCAGAACUCUUCUCUGGACCUCCUGGACUGGCAACUGAGCAGUGCCAUGGGGAACUCUUAUAUCGCUCCACCCUUCGACCACACACUGGGGACUAACAAAGGUCACUUCCUGUUCCUUCCCAGCAGCCUCCGCAACACAUCAGGGCAAAAUGCCUGGCUGCUUAGCCCUCCACUUCCCCCAACGAAGGGCACGUGUUUGCGCUUCUGGGUCUACAGGCCCACCUCUCACGACGCGAAGCUAAACGUGAUCAAGCUGUCUGAGGGUGAAAGCACCAACCUGCUGAGCCUGGGUGAGGUGAUCGGAGUCUGGAGGCGCUUUGACAUCAAUAUCACCUCCCAGAAUGAGUACCAGAUUGUGUUUGAGGGAAUAAAAGGGACUGAUGGCGUGGUUGCUCUGGAUGACAUCAAAUAUACCUUGGGCAUCAACUGUGUGGGCCAGAACAUGGACUCUCCAGAGGAAACACACCACCAUCCCAUCAACAUGGCAGGCAUUGCGGUGUCCAUCGUCGUGCUGAUUCUCCUGCUGGUGGUGCUGGUGGGCCUGCUGGUGUGGUUUCUGCGUAGAAUGGGCCAGCCGGAGUCGACACAACCAAGGGCACAGGAACAGCCGGACGGCUUCAGCAACGUAGCGUACGACACAGAGUAACGUGGCCCUGUAGACCACACAGAUGUAAAUAGGAGAAUGCGCCCCCUGUUGGUGACUUUGUACAUGUGAUGCUGACAUUACGGCAGAGCUGCGUUGUCACCGUUAUUCCUAAUUGUUAGACAAGACACACAAAUACACACUCAGACAACCGCACAGAGGCUAAGAAAGCUGCAGUCUCUUCCAGUGUGGCAUCCUUUCUUUUCCAAGUGAUGCUGUCAAACGCCAUACAAUGAGAGCCACUGUAUAAUACACACUGACACACACACACACAACAAACACAGAGCAAAUGUGUAAACACAACUUGGAACUGACAUCGUCUCUACAAACACGGGACGUCCUUCACUUGAUUAGACAAACAUGCUCACAGAGUGUCAGGUCAUGAGAUGGGUCUCUAUGGAGAAGAUGCUCCAUGGUGAUGUCAUCGCCUUUGAAGGACCAGCCUUUACUGGGGUUUUGGUAGAUGGACAAGCACUGGGUCCAGUAGAAGGUUCUGGGAUCUGUCUUUAUGCUGCUCAAGCCAGACAUGGAGCUGGUCUUUCUCAAAAAAACAGUGAGCUUAGCAUCCAUAGUGGAAGUCUUGGGUUUUGUAGCAAAUUCAUAUCCUUUGAUUAUAUAACAGCUUUAUUUAGCUGCCCUUCUAGACAUGGACACUUGCUGUUGCUCACCACAGUGGCCCGCAGUUUCACACUUAAAAUACCAGGCUGGUUGGGUAUUCCUGAUGAGGAUGUAUACCCUUCGUGAGGACUGUAAUCGCAGCCUCUCAUCUGCUUCCAAUAAUCGACAUCCGUGAUUUUUCUAUUGUCAUUCCGCAGUAUUAAUGACGUGUUAAAAACGUCCACAGGACUGCUGAAUGGCCCAGAGGUAAAUCUGAGUUCUUUUUUCCUAACACGUAAAAAAGCUGCUGUAGGAAAAUGUGCAAGUGGGUCUUGUUAGGUUCUUGGAAGUGGAAGCAAGAGGUUUGGUUUCAGAGAAAGUGCACUAGAGAAAGGGAUG